AUGGACGCAACAUACGCUCAGCUGGCCGAGCGAAUCUGUGAAGCAGCCGCCGCAAAGCAUCCAGGCAGACUACUCGUGGGCAUCGCUGGGCCACCUGGAUGUGGGAAGACGACGAUUGCCAACCAUGUGGUCCGACUGAUCAACGGGGACAACAACGGCACGUACGGAAUACAUUCUUCUGCUUCCCACAACAAAGAAUCCUACCGCUGUCGAGCACAAGCCGUGCCGAUGGAUGGAUUCCACUAUACGCGGGCGUAUCUGGACACCCUGCCCAACCGCGAAGAAGCAUAUAUCCGCCGCGGGGCGCCGUGGACAUUCGACGUGGACGCGAUCCUGAAAUUUGUUAGGCAUCUCGCGGAAUCUGCAAAGUUACCACCAUCGAGGAGACCCACGAUCCUCGCGCCGUCGUUCGACCAUGCCGUGAAAGAUCCCAAGGCUGACGAUGUCGAGAUCUCCCCGGAUACCUCGAUCGUUCUUCUCGACGGCAAUUACUUGCUUCUAGACGAGGAUAAAUGGCGGGAUAUUAGUGGUAUGUUGGAUCUUAGGAUCUUUGUCAAUGUCGAGCCGGAAGUUGCUAGGGAAAGGGUCGCAAAGAGGCAUGUUGCCGCGGGAAUUGAGCCGACUCUCGAGAAAGGCCAUGAGAGAUUCGAUAGGAAUGAUGGGAUCAAUGGUGAUCUUAUUCGGAGGAAAAUUGUGGACUGUGAUUUGGUCGUGCAAAGCGUGGAUAGUCCUGAUUCAGAGCAGCCUGUGAAUUUGGAUAGUGCCGGUGCUGGGACUGGAGUCGCUGCUCAGGCUGGCGGAUAUACGACGCAAAAUCAACAGGCACAGCAACAGCAACAGCAGAGACAAACCGUGCCGUCUGGUUCAGGGUCGGAGUCAUUGCCGGCGAGAAUGACCGGAAUUGAAGUGGUUUAA